AUGGGAAAGCUAUCUGAGAAGGAUCUGAAGGCCUGGGCAGAAGAAGGAGAUCGUGUGCAAUGGUCCCGGGCUGAGGCCGAGAUGCAGUGCUGGCAAGAGGAAUGGGAGAGAAAGCAAGCUGAGUUUAUGUGCUGCAUUCGGAGCUUUGAUAAGAUGAGCCAUGUAUGGGCUCAGCUUUCAAAGUCAAGUCCCAGCCAAGGUCAUGCAGCAUACACAAGCAAGAAGUCGGCCAUGUUCUCGCAGAUGAAACAAAUUGCACAAGCGAAUGAAGGGCAAUCAACUACACCCCCUCUGUUGAUUCUAUUGAAAAGGGUUUUGAUUAAUCGAAAACCAUAUGGUUACGGCAUGUGGACAUCAUGCAAUGGUCAUCACCCAGGUCCAAACAAAGACAAGGAAAAGGCCUUGAAAAUGAGAACUUUUCUCAUUCCCGACAGAUUAAUUGUCAAGAACUCAUCAGAAACCUACCCCCAGACAAUCCGCAUUCUGGCAGCAUUUGUGUCCCAGGAGUCUGUUUUUGUCCUCUGUGACUUUUGUGGCCUUGCCCGCAUGCAUGUCAAGAGCAGGAACAGGCCCUGGACCCAGGAGGACUUUGAAGUUGGGACUGAGCCAGACUGGACCAAGACCGCAAAAGACCGGACCUGUGGUUAUGGUCUUCGUGAACCGGUCUUUUGUAGCCCCUUAAAUACCCUUUAA